GUCUUCCGUUGCUAUUUUAGGUGGAGGUAUUUCUGGAUUAUCUGCAGCCUACUAUCUGGCUCGUACAGCCCCUGCAGCUACAAAGAUCACAUUGAUUGAAGGAAAACAACGCGUGGGCGGAUGGAUAGAAAGUAGACGAGUGACUCCAGGCAACUAUGACAAUAUGAGUCGACUACCACCACCGGAGUCUGCGACCGACAAGGAUAGUAUUUUGUUUGAGGCAGGCCCAAGGACCCUUCGUCCAGAAGGUAUCAACGGUGCUAUUUUAUUAGACAUGAUUAGACAUCUAGACUUACAUGACGAAAAUUUGGUGACUGUACCCAAGUCCCACCCUUCAGCCAAACACCGUUAUAUUUACUACAAAGACAGUAUCAACACACUCCCUUCAGAUAUACGUUCCAUGCUACUGAACAAACCACCUAUCAUGAGAUCAGUCCUUCUCGCUGGUCUUCUUGAACCGUUCAAGUCCUCACGAUUUGAUAAACGUGGCAUCCCUAAAUAUGGACAAGACGAUGAGUCAAUUUACUCUUUUAUGAAAAGACGAUUUAACGAGCAUACAGCCAUUCAUCUCAUGGGCGCAGUUAUUCACGGUAUCUAUGCAGGAGACAUUAAGUCUCUCUCUCUCAAGUCGACACUUCCCUUACUUUAUGAGGCAGAACGGAAUUAUGGCAGUGUUGUGUUGGGUAUGAUGAAAGGUGCCUCCUAUGCAACCAAUACAAUGCGGGAAAGAGGCAUGGCCGCUCGGUCUAGAAAAGACGAUCCCGAGUGGUUCGGACGGAUGGAAAAGAUGAGUGUCUUGGGCUUCAAGUCUGGCAUGGACACCUUACCCAAGCGCAUUUUGAAUUGGCUAUCGUCCCAAGAGAAUGUGAGCAUCAUGACGAAUGACCCUGUGGAAUCUGUUCAAUUUACCGACAAGGAGUGUAAAAUAAAGACACAGAAUGCAAAAGAAAUUCAUGUAGAUCACAUCAUAUCCACUGUUCCUUCUACAACACUCGAUACGCUCAUCCGACAGGAUCUCCCUCACCUCUCUCAUAACCCAUCUGCAGAUGUUGCCGUUAUCAAUCUAGCUUAUUCGCCCGAGGAUACGCAUCUGGAUUAUGAUGGCUUUGGCUUUCUCACUCCUCAUCGUGACACCCCAUUUACUGUACCCGUCCCGGGAACACUCGGUGUCGUCUUUGACUCAAAUGCCUUCCCGAUCGAGGCCGAACGAGCUAUCAAGCUGACUGUCAUGAUAGGAGGCUCAGAUUGGAAAGAUGCCUUUGGUCAUAUCCCUAUAGAUCAAUUGGACCCUGAAGAUGCCUACAAGUAUGCUCGUAAAGCAGUCAGCCAGUUCCUUCAUAUCAAUGCAGAACCUCGGUACUCAAUGGUCAAUUUACAAAAGCAGUGUAUACCGCAGUACCUAGUUGGACAUGAGUCACGUAUGCGAUCACUUCAUCAUGCCCUCAAACAGAAAUAUAGUCAUCUUUUGAGCGUGUCUGGUGCUAGUUAUCUCGGCGUAAGCGUUCCAGACUGCAUCAAGAAUAGUCGCAUGUUGGUUGAAGAACUUCUUAUGUCUGGUGCUUUGGGAUCAAGACAAAAAGUAGUGACUGGUCUUGGUAAAAUAGACGAGCAACUGACAACCGAGGAAAUGAAAGAUCAAGUGAGAUUAAGCAAAGGCAAUACAAGUGUGAUCAUGAAGUCAUAGUGUAAAUAGCAUUUACAUUUUGUUUUGUAUCAUUUGACCAAUAAACAUCAAAGAGCAAUUCCUGGAUAACAUCUACGCCUUUGAAUAGAGCCGAGCUUUAUAACUAAUCCCUUUCACCUAGAAGAGAAGAAAACGCCUUCAUUGAGAAUGGUUUAUAAGAAAGAUACUAUUGAUGGUUAGUAAUCCUGUAUAAAUGAAAUACAAGCUUGUGUAGGUGAAAAUAACGGACCUUAUUUAUUCUUCUGUCAAAGUUUACAGGUUUUUAAAACCAGACUGCCUGCAAAAUUUUAGGUUAAAAACCUGCAGCUUUUCACACACAACAGAGACGCGCUCUCCUA